GCUUGGCAAUCUCCUCCUUUCCAGAUGCAAGGCUAAAAAGAUAUAAAUUAUUUUGCAAUCUGACAACUCCCGACCUCUGAGACGACGCCGAUGACGUCACGGGAGACCAGCGGAUUCCCCCGUGUGCCCAGCAAUCGGCGGAGCCUUGACUGCCUUCUAUAUAAUCUUCGAUCGAGAAACACUUCGCCACAAUCUGCCUUCACAUCCAAGCUAAAGGUCUAACUCCUACGCCUCCAACCUUCUUACAAAGAUGGUCAGUGAAAAGUCUUCAGUGACGGUGACAGUGCUCGUGGUGUCCCUGGCGGGCCUCGCCCUUGCCUCCGAGACCAGACAUUACGCCCCAGACACAGGCGUCCUUGGGGUCGUGGGCGGCCUCCAUGGUGCUGGGGUUGUGGGUAGCGUAGGACACGGCCUCAAUGCUGGACUGGGACACGCUCUAGAUGCUGGACUGGGCCUCGGACACGGCCUGGAUUCCGCUGUCGGAGUGGGACACGGCGCGGCAUCUGGCUUCGGAGCGGGACUGGGCGUGGGUGCCGGCGUGGGCGCAGGAUACGGCCAGUGCAAGAACUGGUGCAAGGCCCCCACAGGCAAGUACGAGUGCUGCGACGACCUCAAGCCCGGCCACUGCCCACCCGUCCGCCCCACAUGCCCCUCCGUCAGGAGCGUCCUCCCUCCCACGCCGUGCACUAACGACGCCUACUGCCCCGGCGCCGACAAGUGCUGCUACGACACCUGCCUCGAGUACCGCACCUGCAAGCCCAUCAGCGCCUUCUACUGAGGCAACAAACUCUAGUCACGGGAGCUGCAACGCUGCAGGUCCUAUUAAGACAAACACACUCCAUACGAGCUAAAAGGCCAGUCAGACAACCAUAACAAUAAAGAAAAACCUUUA